AUGACUUCUCAGAGUAAAGCUCUAAAAACAACUGAGGAAUUCGCUCUCCAGACUCUCCUGCUUUUCCAGGUUGGAACUGGGACUCUGGCCAACAUUCUUCUGUUUUUCCACAAUUUCUCUCCCAUGUUUACUGGCUCUCGACUGAGGUCCACACAGGUUAUUGUCAUCAACUUGGCUAUGGCCAAUGCCUUCCUUCUCCUCAUUACUGCAUUUCCAAACAAGAUGAUGGGCUUUGUUCCAAGGAGUCCUCCAACUACCCUGAAAUGCAAAAUUGAGUUCUUCAUUCGCCUUGUGGUCCAAAGCACAAACAUGUGCUCCACCUGUGCCCUGAGCUUUCAUCAGUUUCUCACUCUUGCUCCUGGUUAUUGGGGUAGGCUGAAGCCUCGAGGAAGAGCCCCUAAUGUCCUGAGUUAUUCUUGUUACAGUUGUUGGUUGUUCAGUUUCUUAAAUAAUGUCUACAUUCCAAUCAAAGUCAGUUGUCCUAUCCAAU